GGAACAUAAAGAUGUUGGUGGAAGGAAAGUUACUACAUAAAAUGGGAUGAGAAGAGUUACAGAAGCAGUGUGAAAUAUUUAUAGGGGCAUGAAGUUAUGAAGAAGCACAUGCGAUAAGGUGCCUGUUCCUUGAUGGUCGCCUUGAGUGUCCCGCCGCGCCCACAUCGCCUCCCCUUGUCUGGACUACCAGCGGCCGUAGGAUGGCGGAGCAUCCUUUGAGCUAGAAAGACAGAUUACCAGAUUCGAGGCAGAAUGAUAAUCCGCCUUGGACGUCUCACCCCUGGCUAUUUCCGACUGCUGCAGUUGCAGGUGUCUGGAGAACUGGCAGCAGAGCCAAAAGACAGACUAGUCAAUCACUUGGCUUUACUCUUUGCUCUCAUGGGUCUUGGACUAUCCUACUAUAGUGUCCGUCAGAUGGUGCAGGAGUCACACCUUCCACCUUCACAAUGAUAACAUAUUAAACACUUCUACAAAACUGCAUGUACUAUAAAUAAGAUUAUCAGAGAUUCUCGUCUUCUUGACUUUAGAAACGAAAAUGGCAAUUGUCAUGUGGAUUCGUUAAGGAGUGCUAGAAAGAAUGUAUUACGAGGCCCGAGAAUGUAUAAGCACAUGUAGUUUACCUGCAGAUAGGGGUGAACUUCCCCAGCUGUGUGUCAGGAUGUGUCCUAAACUGAAGGCUGAAAUGUAAUGAUAAGAUCCCAUCUGUUAUAUACAAUGCUAUAGACAUUUAACAGAGAAGCUUUUGCCCAUGUUACAUGACUGUACAUCCAGCACAUUAGUGAAAGUCUGUCUGUAUUUGGUGAUUAAGUAUAAUGUAGGACUCCUGUAUUAAACCAAGAUGCUAUGUUAUCUCUGUUCAUUGUAUCUUCUACACACAAUGGCCCUCAUUUACUUAGAAAAUCGGGUUGUAAGUCUAUCUUGCUUUCUGCUUUUUUCCCCUGAUAUUCAUUAUUAUGUCGCAUCCUGUUUGUCGCACUGGGUUUUGUUGGUUUUGGUUUCCAACUCCUCUGAGUUGUCAGGAAAAAAUCCAAUUCAACAAUUCAACAAAUUCGGGUUGGAAACCUUUAUAAAUACGUGGGAAAGCUCAGAAAUGUCGGGUUACGCCCCUUUUUCGGGUUUGGGAGAAUCCACAUCGGGUCCGUCGAGAAAAAAUGUUGCAUCGUGUCGCAGACUGGCGCACGAUGUCUGCGACAUGUCGCAGACAAAGAUGCGCCAAAAAAACCCGACAAAAGAAGUCGGGUUUAGAAUAGUAAAUGAGGCCCAAUGUAUUUAACACUGGUUGGAGAAUCUAACUGCAUAGAAAAUACUAGAAAAUACUGAAAUUCUGAACAUUAAUCUAUGACUUGUGUCGUUUUCAUUUAUCAAUGGUGGUUAUCAGGCUGUUUGGCUGUGCGCAAUUCUAGUCUGCUACAGAGACAACUUCACAGAUAGAAAUGGGGCAAAUACUUCACAUGAACUGUAGCAUAUUGUCCCUGGGUCAAAUC